AUGGACUCUUACAAGAUCGCCGACGUCAUUGAGGAAAAGUACCCUGAGCCAAGUGUACACCUGAAAAAUCCAAUGCAAGACCGCCUCCGCGCAUCAAUGAUUAAAUUCAUGACUGAGAUGGUCCCCAUUUAUGUCCCCGGCGUCGCCAAAAACAUCAUCGGCGAAAAGAGCAUUGACUUCUUCCUGGCGACACGGUUGCAAGACGUAGGAAUGCCUCUCUAUGAGUAUGGAGAAAAGCACUCCCCCGGAGCAUUCGACAGAGCGGAACCGUUCGCACGUGAGAUUACGGCCUUACUGGAGGAGAAUAAGUCUGGGCCAUUUCUACUGGGCGAUGUGGUGAGCUAUGCAGAUUUUAUCUGGGCGGGUAUUCUACUGUUUUUCCAGUGUCUUGGCGAGGAGGAGUAUAAGGAGGUGUUGAGGAUUACCGGUAAUGGGGAAGUCCAUACUAAAUUUCUAAAUGGGCUGCGGCCUUGGACAGAGAAGAAUACCUGA